CAAGAGAUAAGACUCUCUUUAUUUCCUCUCUCUCCCUCUCUCUCUCUCUCUCUCUCCCUCCAAAAUUUUCGAAGCCCAUCGAAGCCUUCUUCUAGGGUUAGGGUUUUACCUGCUUGUUUUAGAGGCUCAAUCUCUCUCUUAUUCUUAGGAUUUCACUGACAUCUGCAACAAUGGCGAGAUACCGGAGCCGCAGCAGGAGCUAUAGUCCCCGUCGCCGUAGCAAAACCCCUCCGCGUAGCCGAAAGCAUUACUAUGACGACGUAGAACCCCGCGAUCGCUAUCGUGACAGCCGCUCUUACCGUGAACGCCGUUCCCCUGCUCCCUCUGGCUUGCUCGUUCGUAAUCUCCCGCUUGACGCCAGGCCUGAAGACCUUAGGGGACCAUUUGAGAAAUACGGACCUGUGAAGGAUGUAUAUUUGCCAAAGAAUUAUUACACUGGGGAGCCACGAGGCUUUGGAUUCGUGAAGUUCCGUUAUGCUGAAGAUGCAGCUGAAGCGAAGCAACGUAUGAAUCAUAGAAUUAUUGGUGGACGCGAGAUAAGGAUUGUUUUUGCAGAGGAGAACAGAAAAACUCCUCAAGAAAUGCGAACGAGUUCCCGAGUGAGUGGUCGAUAUGGAGGAAGCCACAGAGGGAGAACACCUCCAAGAUCCCCUAGACGCCGGCAUCAUUCUUACUCACAGUCACCUUCACCGGCCAGGCAUGACUCCAGGGAUCAUGGUGUGAGGGAUGAUGACUAUCAAUCUCCCAGGAGAUCCAGGUCAAUUUCUCGUUCUCGUUCUCCGAAGGAUGAGAGGGACUAUAAGUCAAACCAAAGGUUCCCAAGCCCAAGGGAGAAUGGUCAGAGUCCUCAUGAUGAAAGAGACUAUGCAUCUGGCAGGUCAAGGAGUCCAAGAGGUGAUAGUCGCAGUCGAUCUAGGUCUCCUUUGCGAUCCUACGGAUCUCGCUGAUGGCUGUUCACACUAAUGUUGCUAUCUGGUGCUGCUUAUAGGGCUUGCAUUGGGAAGCACACUUUGGGAUUAGUCUUGCUAGAUAGAUCGUGUAUUUCUUAAUCACUUAUGGUCUUUUUUUGUGUGUGUGUUUUCUGUUGAAUAAACUUGCCGACAUCUAAUGCUAGCUCUGUUUGUUAAUUUACCUUCUAUUACGCUGGUAAAAUGGAAGUUUAUGAUAAUAUUUGUGGCUCAAUCUUAUUUUUAUGAGCUGGCUGGCUUGGUUGUUGUGAAUUGUGUUUUCAUAGCGUGUAAAUCAGAGAUUAUACAAACAAUCAGUAACCUGAAUGGCCCAAUUUUCUGCUGGGGGCAAGAGAUAA